GAAUCGUUCUACCAAUACAUUUUGUACAUGUAACUCUUUUUGUUUUAAUCUUCCUAUUUCCUAAUCAGCUCCAUUUAUGCGUGAGCUGGGGAAGAUCAGUCUCUCGUUGGUUAGCUCGUUAAGAAGACGUGCAGUAUUGAUUCACAAUGAGUUCGAGGGUGUUUUAUUUGAUAGCUGGAUUAGUCAUCUACUUGAUCCAUCAUCAGACCUAUGUGCAGGGAGAAAAUGUGAUAGCGGAGGAUGGAGAUGAGGUUUCCAAGGAGCUGGUGGAGACAUCGAGUGCACCGGCUUUCGUUCGCAGUAGGUUCAAUUUACGAAUUUGGUCUACAACGGAAGCAGCUAGUACUACAGAAAAUGGCAGAUUGGCACUGGAAACAAGUUCUACGUCGGAAAUGCCAUCAACAUCGAUGAAGAUAAAAACCAAGACUAACCGAUUCAGGAACGUCGAAACAACUACGGUUGAGAUGAAGAAAGAAAUGAACAUUACGGAGGAAGCAACUACUCCCAAUCAAUUGUCCACAACUACAGCCAAGGUAGAAGUUGAGGAACCAACAACCCCCAAAACGAAGCUGAACAAGCUUUCCUCUCCUGAAUGUGGAGAAUUGAAUGGCGACGAUGUACCGUGGAUAGCCAUCUUGGAACACACCAAUCCCAAAGGAGGUGCCCGUAAGAAGACACUGAGCAAAGGGGUGCUGAUUGAUGAUCGUCAUGUGCUGACUACUAUUUCCAGCAUCCACAAUUCGUAUCCGUUUUGGGUGGUGACAGGGGUUCGCUUGGGCGACACUCCAACGUGGGCUGCUUCCAAGGGAUCUAAGGAAAUCAACACCAGGAAGCAAGAUGUAGUGUCGGUGGCAGUGAAAAAUGUGUUCCUACACGAGAAGAAAGACAUUGCAGUGAUAAGAUUGGCCGAACGAGUAAAUGUUACGGAUAAGAUUCGACCGGUGUGCCUGCCAACGAGCGACCGUUUCAACUUCACCGACAUGUACUUUCACAUCUGCAAAAAGGACAAAUCGGACUUCGGACGACCGAGUACCGCUAGUAAACUGGUUGCCGUCAACUAUCUUAGUCAGAAGGAUUGUCAGAUUUUGUUCCGUAGGCAUCAAGCCGAGCUUGGUUUGAAGGAAUUUUGUGUUUGGGACGAAACCGGAGACAACUGCACGGGUGAUCUGGGAGGACCGUUGAUGGCUAAGCUGAAUGGACGAUACCAUGUAGUGGGCCUUAAUUCGUAUGCUCUGGCAAAGUCGAAAAUCGACAGCGAAGGACUGCCCGGAGUAUACGUGCGUGUGGGCUCCUUCCUCAAGUGGAUCCAAGCGGUGCUCAAAACCGAAUUCGAUGAUUUGUCUGAUGGACCAGCGUGAACCGAUUAACAAAAAGACACGCAAAGGAAAAAAGCAAAACUGGAUUAGUGGAGCGGUAUGGUAUCUCCAUAACAUAUGUGUAGUUAGAUUAGGUUUGAUAGCACGCAGCGUAGCAGAGCGCACAGUUCAUGACCGACGAGAAGUGUGCGCACCGUCUCCGGACAGCACGCGAAUGUAUUUAUUUUUAUUAGCAUUCUGAAUGGAGGCAGUCUGAGUGCACAAUAAGUGGAAUGCCUCAUGUUCUAGAACGGAAAAUAACUUUGACAGUACAACCGGUUCCCUUGCGACGCUGA